AUGGCAGCAGUGUCACUGAUGUUGACCACUGCAGCUGCUGCUGACCCGAGGGAUUUCUGUUUCUGGAGUAAAGUCACGUCGUACGGUGAGACCCAUCUCAGCUUUCUCCGACACCACAGCGAAACUCACCACGCCUCCUCCUCAUCCCUCCAUCUCUACCACAGUGUGUGGUCGGUGGAGAAUAGACUGGUCAACUGCGCAGUGAGUGUCGACACGGCCGUUACAGACAGCUACAUGUCUGUGUGUCGGGAGAAGAACACCACAGGAGAGUUCUCUGACCGUCCUCGUGAACGUUUUCAUGUCAGUGCGCAGUCUGAACUUGAAAGCCAAUGCGCUCCUGUUAGCUCUCCAACGGUCACCCAGCGCGAAGCCGUUGGAGAUGCCUCUGAGGAACAUACAGAGACAAGGCGUAAGAGGCACGCACGGAGCGUUAAUGAUGAUAUAGCGUUCCAGAAUCUUCUUGGAGACGGUGGUGACAGUUCCAGGGAUGAGACGCAAACCCAUCGGCGCGUAAAACGUGGUCUCAUCGUGCCGGGAACGCUUUGGUGCGGCUCAGGGAACAAGGCAUCGACCUAUGACGAUUUAGGUGUGUUUGCAGAGACAGACAGUUGCUGCAGGGAGCAUGACCAAUGCCAGGACACCAUCCUGUCGUUCGAGACCAACUAUGGAGUUUUCAACACAAACAUUUUCACCCUGUCCCACUGCCACUGUGAUAACAGGUUUCACCAGUGUUUGCUAGGGGCUGAGGACAGUAUUUCAGACACAGUGGGAUACGUCUUCUUCAACCUGCUGAAGAUGCACUGCUUUGAGUUCUCCCACAGACUACAGUGCUCUCAGAGGAACUGGUUUGGCAUGUGUCAACAGUAUGAGAUGUCUCUGUAUGCUGUGGUCCAUCCUCCCACCUUCUACAACUCCACCCAGCCAGACCCUGACUUAGAGGAGGAUGACAUGGCUGACAAUACCACCACUACCAUCUCCAUCUCCACCCCCACUUCCACCUCCCCCUCCAACUCUACCCCCUCCUCCUCCCUCUCCACGUCUCCCACCACCUCCAUCUCCACCUCCUCUACCUCCCUCUCCACCUCUCCCACUACCUCCUCCACCUCCUCUACCUCCCUCUCCACCUCUUCCACCACAUCCUCCACCUCCAUCUCUACCUCCUCUACCUCCCUCUCCACCUCCAUCUCCACCACCUCUCCCUCCACCUCCUCCUCCAUCUCUUCCUCCACCUUUUCUACUUCCAUCUCCACAUCUCCCUCCACCACUUCAACCUCUCCUACCACCAAUCCCUACAUUGCCACUUCCACCUCUCCCUCCACCUCCACCUCUCCCUCCACCUCCACCCCCACCACUCGUUCCAGUGCUGCCCCAGCAGACCUCACCCCAGGGGGUCAGAGUGGAACACUAGCCUCUGGCUCGCCUGUCAUCCACCCUUACCCUGGAGAGGACAAUAUGGUUGCCAAUACUUCCCCCACCUCCACCACUGGCACUGCUACUGCUAUAGGGACCCAGAGUAGCACGUCGGGACGAAAAACUUCAGCCUCAGCCUCGGGCCCAGCAUUGGCUUUGGCCUCGCCAGCUGAACCCACCCACCUUACUGGCCUGACUCUGCCUAAGUCUAACCAGGACGCAGCAAGCACAGGGAAGCAGCAUGUGUAUGUGUGUGAUGUAUACAGAGACCUGGAUGACUGCAGGUUUAAGAUCCCUGCUCACCAGAAGAGAUACAGCCUCCUCAACCCAGAACCCAGGACCCUCUUCCACUGCAACUGUACCAGCAGACUGUCUGAGGUUCUGGUUCAGCAGAAGGAGAUAUCUGGGGUCCAGACUAUCCUGUUGAAGUACAUCUCUCUGUCCUGUUUCACAUUACAGCCACAGGUCUGCACACAGGGGACAAGCUGCUCGGCUUCUCUGGUCAAACCCUCUCCUGCUCAGCUGGAGCAGCAGAAGAUCAAUGGUGGAGGCAUGGAGGAGUGGCGCCAUCUACAGUCCGUUGGCCACAACGGCAGGAGGCCCAAAUCUAGAUGGGCCAAACGCAGACUACACAAACUCUGCAUCAGGAUGACCAGGAAGCACAGUCAAUGUGCUUUAGCAGAAGAUGCAGUGCCAAUGUGA